UUAUUUCGUCUGAUGUGUGUUGUCGAGCAGCAUCAGAUUUCGUAGUUUGUUUUUUUUCUAUAAUUUGUUAUUCAAAAAUUUCUUUUUGGCAAUUUUGUGUAUUAAACAUGUCACAUAAUCCCAUCAAGCAGCUAACACAGCAGCUAAUUAAUUAUUUUACCAUUCCGAAGGAUGUGCCAUCAAAUGCUUGGCAGCAUUACGGUGAGCUCGUGCGUAUCAACAAAGAUAACGUGGAUAAGAUUGGAGAUUUCAGCAUCUCGGCAGUGACCAAAAAUUGGCAAUAUUUUUGCCAAAGAAGCGGCUUGGAAUUGCGCUACACGUCACAGGAACAAAUGCUGCCUGACGAACAGUCCAUUAAAGAGCUGCUCGAGCACAGUCACAAAUUUUGGUUGUAUCCCUUGAAAAAGGUGAAGCUACUACACAAGGAACGCAUUGCGUUGUACUUUCAGCGUGAGGCCAUAGUUGUCAAUGUGAUUCAAAUGAUAUUGCGCCAAGGCGACGCUUAUGGCAAGUGCAGCAUGAUUGAUGAAGGCGCUAAUAAGUUGAAAGAGAGGCGAACACUUUGUUUACAACUGCACGAAGAGCUCCUUCAAGCGGAUUGCGGCACCACCAAAGAGUUGCAUCAGUUUCGUGCUAAGCAACUUUACCAGAUUGUGCGACGUUUGCUCGACUACACCGACUGGCUUCUAGUGGAUCCAAAGGAUCAAACUGCUGACACUUUGCUGGUCUGCGUCGAGAGCAGUAAUCAAUCCAGUCGCGUGGGCGAUGAACAGAAGCCAAGCCAGGCAGUCUCGCUGAGCUGUGGUCCCGUGCUGGAGCCAACCACUAAGAUCGCAACCACACUGACCAGCGAUGAGUACAAUGCCUUACGGGCCAACGAUAUGCUGCUAACAGCCAUGCAUCGCAGUGGCAUGCGGAAUGUGGGUGACCAUAAGGCGCUGAUACAGCAACUGGGACGCGCUGCCGUCAUCGUUGAUCUCUUUGAGGUGCGUCACAACAGCGCCGUUUCGCUUGUUCGCAAUGGUCAGAGCCGUUCUAAGGGCGCCAGCUUUAUACUGUACAAUUCGGCGCGUAUGGGAACAUUGAUGCGUCUCUACGAUGCCAACAAAGAUGCGAACAAGUCCACAGCAGAACCUCUGCCGCCAAUGGAUGCAAUGUUGACUAAUCUCACACAAGACAUCGAAUGGGAAUUGAUCUUUGGCUAUUUGCUAUCAUUCCCGGAUGUUGUCGAGUCAACGCUGGCACAAUUGAGGAAGGGUCAAUGUGGCGUCCAUCUGCUGGUGCGCUACAUCAUUAAUUUGGUAUCGACAUUUAGUCGUUUCUAUCGCAAGUACAAAGUGCUUUGGGGCACGUUCACUGCACGCAUCUAUUUGGUGAAGGCUGUGCACCAGGUGCUUAAAUCAGCACUGGCUCUGCUGGGCAUAGAGCCCGUGAAUGCGAUGUAAAUACUAUAUUGAAAAAUAUAUGUAGAUACAA